GUCGCUUUGCGAGAUCCACCCCCACAAACCGAUGAGUGAAGCUGCAGGUCUGUUGACACGAGUUUGUUAACAUCUCAGGUCAUCCAGUCAUGGAACCGGACGACACAUUGACUCUACAAGUUGGAAUAUUUGUUUUACGGAAGAACACUCGCACAAGCUUGGAUAAGGCACUUUAUUUUUGGGGUGGACGUGCGUGUGCUCGUGCCACAGCGAUGACGACAGACGUUUUUACUUUGGCACGUGAGGAGACAAACAACACGCUCCCCGCCGAGCACAAAAAGGUGGGUGCUAGCACUGCUUUCUGGAUGGACCCUGUUGCCUCGCUCAGUGUAGACUUCAAGUCAGUGACGGGAAAAAAACUCCUUGGCAAAAGUGUUCUUCCUCCUUCUGUCACUGCAGACCAGGCCCAACCUAGCCCACCUCUCUCUUAUGGACAUUGCAAGAAUCCUUCACCAGAGCUACAGAAAGUACUGGUUAUCCCUAAAGCUAGAGACAUCGUCACAACCAAUGACAAGCUUCUAGAUUCAGGCCUGAAUAAUAUCAGUAGCUUCUUGAAACUCCCUUGGAUGACUCCUUACUCUGAGGCAACCAUGUACCCCUUCCUUGACAUGGCAUACAAGGCCUCAUUCCUGGCCCAGGCCUCCCCAUUCAUAUACCAGCAGUUAGCGUACCAGUCUCUGUGCCAUAUGGCAGAAGGCGGCUCACCUGAAGACAGAUUCUUUUAUUUACCCCAGUAUGUUCCUACACAUAUUUCUUCACAAUUGGAGUCUGACUUCAGAAUACCCGCAUCCAUGUCAGCUGCCCUCUCACCCCUGCACACAUUGCAGGGGCCUUCGGUACAUCAGCAAACAUCUGCCUUCAGCACCUCCCUGUACCAGGACGCUUUAGCUUCUGCUUUUCACUUUGAUGAUUGCCAUCUUAACAACAGUCGCACAAAGUCUGGUCUCCCCACUUCUGCUAAGACUAGUUCUACAAGCAACAGUCGCUCUGCCUGUGAUCCAGUCAACAGUUCAGUCCCUGGUUCUACCUCAGUGUCGACAUCUGUAGACUCCCGGAAGACUUCAAAAAGGAGCACUGCAUCAUCUAAUGAACUCGCUGGGUUUCCUUCCUUCUACAUUGGCAGCCUUAGUUCUGAACUAGACUCCCUGAAACAAACCAGCAGCAGCCGACAAAACCGCUCUAGCCCAGAUCACUGUAGAGCUGCAAAGUCUCUUUCACCUGCAAGAACAUCAGUAGACAGAAAAGUGCAUUCAAUACCUUUGGAUCUUUCUGCAAAAAAGACAAAAGGCUCAUCAAACAGGUUCCUGUCCGAAUUAGACUUCUUUGCCCGUCUAAAUUAUGGUCUACAGGCGAGUGAUGAAAAGCGCCUGACAGAACCCCCAAAAGUGAAAACUUCUUUGAAUUCGGAUAAGGCUGCACAUUUUUUACAGAAUCAAAGUUUCCCUGGCAUUAGAAAACUUGAGGUUGGCAGCCUACCCUCUAAAAGAUCUUCGGAAUCAUUCUCUUCAGCAAAUUUGGGCCAGCAAACAGUGCAUGUGACAAAUGCUAAAGCGGCACACACAUUUUCUGGAAAACCUAUAUUGUCCAAGGUCCAAGGUCAAGAUAAACAAUCAAAUCAACCCAAAGAAAUACAGCCACACGUGGGACUCGGAUCCACUUCCAAACGACUCCGCACUGACUCUUUUAUUCCACUUGAUUUAGGCUGCAGCAAUGGCUACCUCCCAUACUCGAUUACGGACACUAUGUCCUUGCAGCACAUGCCCGUAUCGGACAAAGGACAUGGCCACCACUACCCCAUCCUCCGUGGUCACAGCGGUAGUAUGACUUACACAUCUUCAAAACAGUGUCUUCAACACAGAGUGGAUUCACAGGGUACCUCACCCUCUCUGACAACUCAGAGAGACCUCAAAGAACUUUCAAACAGGUCUCUGUCCAAAUCCUGUAAUGUAGAGCAAAACAGAGGCCAAGAAAUCCAGCAAAAGCCAAGCCAGACCAAGAAACCAGAACCCGAGCAAAGAGCUAGCAGCAGCGAGCGGGCUUCAAAUGAAUCCUUCAAAUCUUUUUGCAACCCGUUCAAUAGGGUUAGCGAGAGCAUCGUUUGUAUUGACAUGGCUUUUGAAGAAGUUGACGAAUCACCCCACAAUCGCAACAAAAGCUUCCUUGCCAACCAGACUGUUGGGCAGCAGGGCUUACAAGCCCCCACAUCCCAGCCACGUUCUCUUCAUCACAAGUGUUCUUCACCCCCUCCUCCCAGCAAGGAGAUUUCAAUAGAAGAUUGUCUUAGUCCAUUUCAGGACCUCUCAGAUGAGCGGACGAUGCGUUGUGCCAGAACAUCUCCCGAACAGUUUUCCAGGAAGAAGGUCAUUGGGGCCCCAUGUGGUUCAAACAGCUUGGCAAGAGAUGAACAUGGUGCUGAAGCACUUGACGAAAGUGAUGAUGAGGACCAGGUCAAUCAGGAGCCAUCCUCAAAUAUCUGUGCAAGUAAAGAAUGUUCUUAUUUGUGUUCUGCUGCCACCCAAUGCCUGGAUGGUCAAGCUGUUGGAUGCAGCUCUCAUUCAGAUCAUUCACUUUGUACCAGCAAGACACCAAGUGGAGAUACGCCUUUGCCGUUAGCAGCCGGUGGCGUCGACUCGGAAGCCGAGUCCUUUGUCUCCAUCAACCAAAGAGAACAAAACAUGGCAGUUGACAGCCAAAGCAUCGAUCGUAGGUCUCUUGGAUAUGAAUCCAAUAUUAGUGAUUGUUUAGGUCAAGAGCAUUUGCUGGAAAAUAAUUCCAGAGACACUACCUUACACACGGACGAGAAGAACACCCAGGACAUCAUGGAUGUCCAGAUUGGUGGGGGCAAGGAUACCUGCACCGGCACCCAGACAGAACCUUUUUCCAAAUGUUUGGACAGUCAACCAAAGUUGGAGACCGAAGAAUCUUGUGAUUCCCUGUCCAGCUGGCCGAGUCAAGAGCAGUGUAAGCUCAAGGAAAACCAGAAUGACGAAACGGCGGCAGCAGGGGAGGCUGAGCUGGCAGACGCCGGUGGGGGCGAAGGGGGAUGGUUGGAUCUGUGCCAGCAGAGUGACAGGAGGGGAGGACGCUCCCCUCCCACAAUCCACGUCGAAGGACAGAAAGGUGCACAACCGUCAUCCAUUUGUGUCACAUCUGUGUUCAACCGUGCCAACGAGCUGGUAGCCAAGGAUGAUUGCUCAACAGAGAAGAUGCAGAUUGAAGAAAGUGACAAAGAAGAAAGGCAACAGGCUGUUGCCACAACCAGCGUCGGUUUGGUUCACUGGAACAGAACGUCCUCUGUGGAGGGCCUCAGCGGUUUGGAUCCUAACAUGGCAGCAAAUCGCAAGCACAUGUUCAGCCUGGAGCCAUUUCACCAGAGCAACAUCGGUGGUCGCCGGAUGAAGCGAAGAAGAACGGAAGACAUGGGAACGAAAAACGGUGCGACUGAGGACACAAGCAAGCAAAAGAGUUGCAUCGAGCAGAACGGCCCCUGCUUCAAAAAGCCCCGUCUACCCAAUGAUGACGUGAAAGUCCAUGUGGCCUCAUCCCCGGGGGUACAGACGGACAGUGCUGGGCUCUGGCAACCCUCCCACGUCGCCUCCUUCCGCCUCCGGGAUAAGCAUCAGAAGCUGAGGGAGACCCGCAGGGUCUCGUCACUCCUCCCAUUCUUAUCUGAUGACAGCCCUGAUAAACCCACGGGGAAACAUCCAUGCAAGACCAAGCACACGAGGGAGGCAGCAGAAGAGGCAGAUGAGGAAGGAGGUGACGUGGAGGACAGAAUCAGCCAGGAUUCAUUCGACACAUGCUCACCACCUCUGCAGCCGAACCUUGCAGUUGAACCUACACCCUCAGAAUUGUGUCACCUAAUUGUGAAUAAACAUGCCGGAGAGACGCUGCUGCAACAUGCCGCCCGGCUGGGAGACGAGGAGGCAGUGCUCUACUGUCUGCAGCUGAGGCUCUGCAACAUCAACCAUCAAGACAAUGCUGGCUAUUGCGCCUUGCACGAGGCCUGCACCCAAGGAUGGUUCACGAUUGUGCGCCACCUGGUGGAGCACGGGGCGGACGUCAACUGCAGCGCUCAGGACGGAACCAGGCCGCUACAUGACGCUGUUGCGAACAACCACAUGGAAGUGGUACGUUUCCUCCUGGCCUGUGGCGCCGACCCCACCCUGACCUCUUACUCUGGACGAGGACUGAUAAACAUGGCCAACAGUGUUUCCAUGGAAACCUUCCUAGAGGAAUAUCUCGCAGAUCUCAAGGGAAGGCCGGAAGGUGAUUCUGGAAUCUGCUGGGAUUUUUACGGCAGUUCCGUGUGCGAACCAGCCAGUGAGGAUGAAGUUUACAACAUCCUGGCCGAUCCGCCUGGGCCUGAAGAGGAGAAAGAGACAGAGCAGCGGGGCGGAAAGGAGGAGUUUGAAUUUGAGCCGUCUGACAAGCCACUACCCUGCUACACGUUGCAUGUGUCGCCGUCUACGGGUCCUCGUAACUGGCUCCUCCUCCGCGAUGUCUUGGCCUGUCUUCGAAUGACACCUGACGCCUUCCGUCGCCACUUCCCACAUCUUGAGGUUCGUGCCAUCCCACAGGCCGAGUUCUACUGCCAGACAUCCUUGUCGCAUCUCUGGCACCAUCCUGCUAAGCAGGCCUCUUCCCAACCGCUUACCAAUGACUUGCUGGAGUUGGUGGAGGCUACACCCAAAAUGGCCGCCAUGCUUGGCUCUCCCCUCAAAUUUAUGGACAGCCAGAUGCUGCCAGAACCGGCACCGUCCCCAGGCCCAGCCCCACUACUGUCGUCAUCGUCGACUGGCUCAGUUCUGCCGCCACUUGCCACCCUUGGCCAAGUUUCGCAAGACCAAAGCCAGCGUUGUGCUCCAGUCGCCGCAGUGGAAAGGAAGGUAGAUGCGAGCAACGUCGUCACAUGCAACCAAGUGGCCCCAAGUCACACUCAUCCCAAAGAGACCAUCAAUAUGUCAGAAUCGACAAAAAAUCCAGCAAAUAUGGACUCUGCUGUGAGGGAAGUGCAGCACUUGCAAAAUGGAGUCGCCAUGAGUACAAACUGUGGUACCGAGGAGAACAUGCAAUGUGGUGCCCUAUCUGGGAACACGGGUGUUAACAAUUCUCGGAGUGAAGACAACAAGCGUGUUCGCAAAGUAAUGGCCGAAGGGUUGAAGAAACUAAGCAGCUGUGCAACUGAGCAGAACUGUCAAACCUUACGUGACGGCAGCGGUCACACUGUGAAGAUGGAUGCCGCAUGGCGAAGACACUUAGCAAAUGUCAGAGUUCACAUCAGGGACUUGGGGGUAACAUUUGCAGUAGGCCGGAACCCCAGCAAUGUGAAGGUUGUUGACAAGGUCGCUGAGACCAAACCGACUGCACAAAAAUCAGCCUGGGAUGUGAAAAGUUACAAAUGACCUGCGACCUUUUUUCAAGGACACUCUCCUUUUUUGACCUUUUGCAUGGGUCAAACAUCCGUAUCAACCAUCCAAUCUUCCAUUUUCUAUCCCGUCAUAGGUCAUGGAUGAAUAUCCCAGCUGUUUUUGGGCGAGAAACAGGCCAGCCAAUCAGACAGGCUGUAUUAAGUUAUUGUACUGUACAUACUGUAAACACUAAAUAUUUAUAGUGAGUACAAUUGUUAUAAUUUAUAAAUGCUGCCGGUUGUCAGUUUGAUGCGGUUCCAGUGACGAAUUUGUUCCAGUUCUGGAAUAUUGUUUACUAAAUUUGUAUUCUACUUCCUGUUGAGUUUUUGUGCUAUAUGGUCCACUUUCCUGUCUCAUCAAAUAAACACCAAGUUUGUUUGCA